GCUACACAUCAAUAAUACACACCUUCAUACCUUCUACACACUUAAGCAGCAAAUUCAUUUACUCUUACUGUUCCGCUGACUAUCCGACUUCCACUCGACUUUCAUGAAAAUUGGGCGUUUCUUGUAUCCGACCGCCCAUUAAUAUCCAAAAGGUAGCGCUAGAAUUUCCGCGACCAUGGCGUCCCUCGCCGCGGGGAUAGUCGAUCCCACAAAAGCCGGCAAAUACCCAGUUGUUUUGAGCGAUGCCUUGCUCGGCAAGGACCCAAAGGAGGUUUUCACCGGUGUGAGAUAUAAUCAUAAGCCGUCAUUAUCGUCAUCUACUGCGCCCGCCCAGGCACGAAUAAAACCGACGCCCGCAUCUUCUUCCAAGAAGGGAGCCUCUACAUACGAUCUUGCAUUCCAGGAUGACGGCGGCCGUUACCAAUAUAAAGGAACACGCGGUGUUGAAGACAGCCAAUAUGUGCUGAUCUUCGACCCCGCCCGCGAGGUCUUUGUCUUACACAAGGUAGAUUCCAUGUUCAACAUGAACUUGGUAAAGACGCCAUCAAACGAUGACCCCGAGAGCUUGCGACAAGAGUUUCCUCAUUUGAACGCCCAUAGUGCUGCUAGCAGCGCCAAGGCCAUAGGAUCGACGAGACAACCUGCAAAUGGAAGGAAAGAAGAGAAAAAGACGGCGGCUAAGCCGCGGAAACCGGCAUCAAAAUCCAAAGCAGAGGACAAGCCGGUUCUAGCAAUGCCCGAGAAGAAAUCACCGCCGAAGCCCAUAGCAACUAGCAAGCCGCGCCGCACCUCGGACGAUUCAGAGGAAGAGAGCUCGGACGACGACCUCGGCCUUACAAUAGAGAAUCCAGGCGGCGAGGCGCCGAGAGUCAAUCAACACUACUCUCCCAACCUCUUUGGAAUUCGCCGUUUCUCCGAUUUGAUGAAUGAGGACGAAGGCCGGGUGGAUGACGGGGAGCACGACGACGCUGACGGCGAGGAAGACGACGAUGAGCCUAUUGAGCACUUCGUCCUACCUAGCCCGAUCAACCAGCAGAUGCAACAAACUAGCAACGCCCAUCAACAUCCGCAAACCAACGAAGAAGACGAGGAGGAUGAGGAUGAGGAGAUGGAGGAUGUGCAGCAAGAACAGCCGGCUAACGCUGAGGAACCUGCCCUAGAUGAGUCGGAUCUCGAGGCUGCGCUGUUAGCCGAACUAGGCGAAGAGGAUCAGCAAGAAAGCGACGUGAGUGAGGAGGAGUAGGAGAAAUCAAAAAGGGUUUUUUGUUUUUGUUUUUUGUUUUUUGGGGGGGUUUUCUUUUGCGUUAUUGAUUUCAGCGAUGCUCACUUGAGAGGCGAUAUCUGACCUGAUCUUCCGGGGAUAUAAUAAAGCGGCGUCUGGUGCUUUGGAUACCACAUGAACAGGCAGGUGGAAUAGCGGAAUUAAAUACAUGACGGUUAGAAUCUCUCGGCAGAAGCGGUGGCCUGGCCUUGAUUUACUUGUUUUUAUCGAUGAACUUCUUUAUGAUUAUCUAGUUGUUAUAAAGCGUUCUAAGAUCUCCCGAGACGAAAACAUGAGACUAUUCUUUAAUGAGAUUGGUCGGGAUUAAGAGGUAGACUAGUAUGGGUGAUGACUUGAUGUUAUAUCUACCUAACUAUUAAAGGCAUUAUAUAUUUAAACGGAGACUCCCGUAUACUCAUAUGUCGAAGGAAUAAACUCCCUUGAUAGGUAGAGUUUAGUUUAAGGGAUGGAUAUGUAGGUAGACAUGUAGGAUACUACUAACCUAGGUAGAGAGUUCGUGUUCACCACUGACACUUUAUACGCCAUGUAUGUCUUUAAUAUAUGUAUUUCUCCUAUUAACAAA